AUGCACAAAUGUCAUCCUCGUUGCCAGGGCGCGAGCAGCGAGGUCGCGGUUCAGAAGAAGAAGCACUAUGCGGUGCAGCGGCGAGACCUGCAGACGGUCCACAUGAGCAAACAGGAGGCCAUGCUGGAGGUCAAGGGCAUGCUGAAACGAGUAGAUAAGCUGCUGACCCAGGCGUGUGUGUGUGCAGAGUCUGUGUAUAAAGUGUUGUACUGGGAGAGCCACGCCAUCUCCUCCAUGUUUUACGGUUCUCUCCUGACGGUGGUUUGUCUGCUGUAUAUGACUCCGGUGCGUUUGAGUCUGUCUGUGCUCAACAGCGCCCUCUUUCUGUGGAACAGAAACUUCUGCAGAGCUCUUUUGGAGCUGAAGGAGUUCGUUCACCCAAGUCGAGUCCAGCCUGCGGAGGAAACUGAACCAUGUGACCCAGAUCAGUCAAACCUGCUGGAACGCACACCCACUCCAACCAGUGUGGAGUAUCUGUCACCCGGCAACAUUGAAGAGGCAGAGGAGGCGGAGCCUGACGAUGAGUUUAAAGAUGCCAUAGAGGAAUCUCAGCUUGUUCUGUCGGAAACUCCUCUGGCGUUAGUGGUGUGGCCUGUAGCCUAUUUUCUACCAAAGAUUGCGAGGAGAUGGAGAGCCCGUAAGGAUGACGAGGACGUGUCUUCUGGUGUUCCUGAGUUUGACACCGUGUCUGAUAACGGGCUGCUGAGCAGAAACGAGCCCAUCCGCAGUAAAGUGUCCAAACUCACUGAAAAACUUCGCAAGCAUGUCCCUUCCAACACCAUCGGGAACUGUUCCCAGUGCAAUUCGGCGUUUUCUGUUUUAAAGAAAAGGAGAAACUGCAGUAACUGUGGUGUCGGUUUUUGUUCCCGCUGUUGCUCGUAUAAAGUGUUCAAAUCCAUCAUGGGAGCCACAGCUCCUGAAGCCCAAAGAGAGACUGUAUUUGUUUGUUCUAUGUGUAAUACUUUCCUCACCACCAAGUAGGAUUGACGAAAUAAUCUUUCACCAUUGCAAUGCUUUGAAAGAAACUAGGAGAAGAACCACAAGAUGGCUACUCCAGUGAUUCUUGCUGUUUCUUUCCUUCACUGUGGAGCAUUUCACAUGGACGACCAAAAUCCUGCAGCUUAUGUUGCCUCAACACUCUUUCUGAGGUUCCUCUGAGUUUUUUUUUUUUGGUCUGUCCAAAACUCGUGACCCCUAUGUGAACUCCUUUGUCAAAAUGGUGACCUUUUCCUUGGAAUAUGCUGCUUUCCUCAGUCACCACUAUUAUUUAUCAAAGCCUCACACCAAGACUGAUUGGUUUAUUUGGAAUUCACUUUGCUGCAAUAUCAAAUGCUGUAGUUUCAUCAACCCUUAUUAUAACAUCACUUUCCAGAAUGUGAGCCCUUGGUGGGAUAUAUGUCAGAUUAAUAUUAAGGGUCCAGUUUAUCUGUUAUUAUGAUAUCACAUCAUCUUAAAAAGGA